AUGGGCAACUGCCAAGGCAACUGCGCGACCUUGGACCCGCUGCGGUCGCCGCCGCCACAAGUGCGGGACCCGAGUCUCUUCCGGCUCAAGCUCGGCUCGGUUGUGCAGUUCCGCGACCUCACACUCUUGACGCCCGAGCCAGCGCUACCGCCGUGGGCAUCGGUGCACAGGGGGUACUACUACGGCGUGCCCGUCCUCGUCAAGCAGCUCUCGCGCCCGUCGAGCGCGGUCGUCCAGUGCUUCAACUGCGCCGUCCGCCUCCUCGUGACAUUGGACCACCCCAACGUUCUCGAAUUCGUGGGCGCGAGCCUCGACGCGGGUCCCGCCAUCUACAUGGUCACGGAGCGGCUGGAGCGCGGCGACUUGGCGUCACUUCUGGCGAGUGCGACGCCGCUUUCGGUCACCACGCGGCUCUCGAUGAUGCUCGACAUUGCGCGCGGUCUGCACUACUUGCACGCGCAGAAGCCGCCGAUCGUGCACCGCAACGUCACGGCCCGCAACGUGCACAUUUCGUAA